CAAAAGAAAUGGAGAGGGGUGAGUAGGAGCAAAUUUUCUCAUGAGGUAAGAAGAACAACUUCUCAUGGAAUCUACAGUACAGGAUUUCCUUUUGUAAUAAAGUAUUAUCUUCUGUGAGAUAUUUGAGAUGAAUAGAAAUAAAAGAUGAACAAUGGGAAGCAGGAAGGCAUGUCAGAUAUGGUGGAACACACAGAGUAUCUGAGAGCUUUUAUUUGCAGACAAGUUGCUUAUUACUGAUAUGCCAAAGAGGGUUGCAAAUUUCUAUUAUAAAGGAAUUUGGAAGAAUAAACUGACCUCUUAAUGAAUUAUAAAUUAAGAAGCCAAUGGCCAAAAGUGAAAAUAUAAAUGGCAAAAGAAUUUCAAAGUGAAUAGUGCUGAAGUUGAAGUUCAGGAGUUAAACUCCAAAGAGAGCCAAAAUGUAAAGUUUAGCGGCAGAAGAAUCGUAACUGCUGGUUUAAAAUAUUGAGAUUGAGGGAGGACACAGAAAGCAAUGAGCCCUAAAUGUUGACAGAAUUGUAAAUCUGUUGGCUCUUUACAUGAGAUUAAAAGCCUGUUAAAAUUUCACCCGCCCAGAUCUCCCUUCUAAGGAAAUUUGGUUGUCUGCCAAACUUUAGUUGAUAAAAAGUCUACAGACUCUGAACACAGAGCUGCAGCUUUUCAAAGAAGAAAUCAAAACAAGAUUACAAGAAGCCUGAAAAAUGAAGCCUAAAAUGAAGUAUUCAACCAACAGAAUUUCCACAGCCAAGCAGAAGAACACAGCAAGCAAAGCCCUGUGUUUCAAACUGGCAAAAUCCCAACAGAAGGCCAAAGAAGUUUGCCAUGUGUACUUUAUGAAGCUCCGCUCUGGCCUUACAAUAAAAAAGGAGGCCUCUUACUUUAGGAGAGAAACCACCAAAAGACCUUCACUAAAAACAGGUAGAAAGCACAAAGAACAUCUGGUAUUCACUGCCUGUCAACAGCAAUCUACCAUGAAGUGCUUUACCUUUGAUAUAUCAGCAGUCCAGAAAUAUACUAAAGCACUUCAUGCUGCAAGUAUCCCAGGUAUUUCACCUAUUACAGAAUCUCUUACUUCCCUAAGCACAUACAAUGAUCAAUCCAUUAUUUUUGCUUUGGAGGAUGAGAGUUAUGAGAUAUAUGUUGAAGACUUGAAAAAAGAUGAAGAAAAAGACAAAGUGUUACUGAGUUACUAUGAGUCUCAAUGCUCCUCAAAUGAAUCAGGUGAUGGUGUUGACGGUAAGAUGUUAAUGGUAGCCCUGAGUCCUAUAAAAGACUUCUGGUUGCAUGCCAACAACAAGGAGCACUCUGUGGAGGGUAAGGAAGGGAGGAAAGUGGCAUGUAUGGCUUUACUACUGAAAAUCUGCUCUCCACCAGCAGUACAGCAUCACCUGGGAGGUUGUUAGAAAUACCGGAUUCCAGGCCCCCCAGAAAUAAAUUGGAUUCUGCAUUUUAAGAAAUCUUCAGGAAAUUCAUAUGUGCCUUAAAGUUUGAGAAGCACUGUUAUAUAGAAUGAUCUCAAAUCCUUUCUGUUUGGCUUUAGGAACUAUUAUGUUCCUCUAGGAAACAUUUCUUUGUAUAAUAUCGUUUUCUUAAACAAAUACAAAAAAAAAAUGUUCUGUUCUGAGCCUGCUUAAGAGAGGUCAUAAGCAUUUCCGUGUGCCAAGAUUUAUAAAUAACCUAACAUCUACAUUCUGAACAUAGGAUUCAUUGCAUACUCUUCUUUAGUUAGUAAAUGGCAUUAUUAUAUUGGUCAUGAUGUGUAAUUAUAACCAUCUUGACAAACAAGCCAAAGGUAGAGGCAUGGAAGAAAACAGAAGAGCAUAAUAUAGAAGAUAAAUUAUAUAAAUACACAAAAUUAUAAAGCUAACUAACACAGCCAUGUAAGGCCUUAUUAACGUAAAUGGUGGAUGGUAACCAGCAUCUUCCUAACCAAAACAUUCCUAAGCAUAUAUAAUCUAGUGUUUGGCAUGUAAAACUACUCAAUAAGAGGGCUACUUAGACUGAGCUCUAUUAUAUAGCAAGCAUUGUGCUAAAUGUUUCUCAACUAUUAUUUUAUUUAAUACAGUAACUCUACAAUGGAGUUGUUGUAUUGCUCAAAUGUUGCUGUGUAACAAAUCAUUCCAAAGCUUAGUGCCUCAAAAUAAUAAUCAUUUAUAUUUACUCAUAUGUCUGUAGGUAUUUUGGGGAUUGACUGAUUUUAAAAACUGGCUAGACUUUAAAAAUGAGGCUUGAGAGAUAAAGCAACAUGCCCAAGGUCUCAGAGAUAGCAUACAUCAAAUGAAGGGUACAAAUCCAGAACUACUGCAUCCAGAUCCAGUCACCCCAAUCCAUACUGCCUCUCUAUCAGCUGUCGGUGAAUCAGAUCAAAUUCUGAUUUGAUCACCCCCACACCUCUACUCAUUUCUCCCCUCUUCUCUCCACUACUGAUUAAGCAAACUUGCUAGAAAUAUCAAGUCAUAAAUAAGUAUUCCCCUUUAGUUUCCAAUACAGACAGGUAAAGUUGACUCUGAACUUCCCAUUCACAUACGGAUUGCUUUCUCUCGUUUCCUCAGCUCCAUAAGUGUGAAAAACCACUGCCAGACCAAGCCUUCUUUAUCCUUCAUAAUAUGCCCUACAACUGUGUUUCAUUUGAAUGCAAGACUGAUCCUGGAGUGUUUAUAGGUGUAAAGGAUAAUCAUCUUGCUCUGAUUAAAGUAGACUGUUCUGAGAAUUUGUGUAGUGAAAAUAUCUUGUUUAAGCUCUCUAAAAGUUAGUUGAUGGAAACUUGUGGGUCUUGGCUUUGGUACCCAAAUGCUACCACUGCAGAAGGGAUGAAAGAUAAAGAGGCAGGUGACACCUAAGGGAAAUGAAGAGUGCUUAGCAUGCUGUGGAAUGUUUUCCUUAUUAUGUAUAAAAAUAUUUUUUCUAAUCCUUCUUUUUUAAAUUUCCCCCUGUAAAACUGCAUAUUCAAUACAAGUAUCAGUAUAUUAAAUAGGAUAUUGGUAAAGAAACUGUCAACAUUCUAAAGAGAUACAGUCUGAACUUUACUUUUUUUACUUUCAGUCCGGAAAGAACUUCACAUUUAGAGCUAAGACCACUGAGGAGAGUAAGAGCCAUAGUUCAAGUCUCUCUGUAGGCAGGGAUCCAUUUUAAAGACCUACUUAGAGAAAUAAUUUUCCCCAGUUUCAAACAGUAGGCUCAAACACUAGAGCUGCUAGUAAAAGGAAGACCAGAUGCUUUAUAGAAUUAUCAUUUUUUCAACUGAAAUAAAAUACCCAGUUUUUUUGUAGAUGUCUUAGGUAACACUCACAUCAGCUCUCCUUUACUGUCAGGGGAUAUGGAACUUCAAAGGCCCACAGCCAAGGCAGGUAACAUAAAUGUGUGAAAAAGUAAAGAUAAUUGAAAAAUUAAGAAAGAUAAAUCCAAUAUUUGUAAAGUGAAUAACUUCAUCUCUAAUUAAUUUUUUAAAUUCUGAUUUUUAUUUAUUGAGUUUACUUUAAGCAAGACAUUCUUACAUUAGGAAGCGAAGUAAAUUUUAGUUCAGACAUAAAAUUUCAUUUAUUGGGAAUACCUAACACACCAAAACUUAAAAAAAAAAAAAGUACUGAGCCACAACAUGUUUUAGAGCAUCCAGGUGCCAUAUAAUCCAACUACCAUGGUAAGGCCAGAAAUCCUCUAACCUACCAGAGCCUAGAUGAGACACUGAAUUAACAUUAAAAUUUCAGUAACUCACUGUCCCUCAUGUCCAUGGCCUACCAUCCCUUCUGACCCUGGCUCCCAGGGAUCUAUGUCUUUUAAUAUACUCACUGUCACAUUGGGCAAAGUUGCUUCUAAUCCUUGUUUCCCAUGUGCACAAGUCUUUCUGUUGUCCAGCUUCCUGAUAACCCUGCUAUUUGUAGAAUAUUCAUUUGACCUCUGUCUCUUUUCAUUUCUUUUAACCACGUCCUUGAUACAUCUUUUGCACUCCCCGAACUUCAUUUCUAUAUCACCUGACCUCUGGAUGCUAAAACCUUUAUUCUUCAUUUGUUGCAGAAUUUUAGAUAAACCUAUGAAUGGCGAUAUUUUUUGUUAAACAUCUUUGUCUUUUACUGUCAACAGAGCAAUAAAAUUUAUACUCAACUAUAUAAUAACAUUUUAACUACUAAAUGAAUAGUUUUUGUUUAUUUUAAAGUCUUAGCAAUUUCUAUUAUAAUUUUUCUUAGACUUAAUACUUAUGAUAAAUGACUAACAUAGUAAUAAAAAAUUUAUGAAAUAUGACCUUUUCUGAAAGUAUGUACUUUUACAUUUCUAACUUAUUGAGACCUAUUAGAUGUAAGAGCUGGUAGAAUAUAAAAGAGACUGAGAAUUACUGUACACAGGCAUUACAAUUGUAAAACAAUAUAUCUUUGCUUCAUUGUUUUGUCAAUAAUUAUUAGAAAAGAGAUAAAAAUAAAAGCAGAAUAUGUAUCCCUUCUGAGAAACAUUAUUGAUAUGUGCCUCUGUAUGACAAACAUAAAAUGAUUAUUAAAUAGCCAAAUAUAUCUACUACAUUGUUUAUAUUCUUGAAUAAACUAUAUUUUCCAAAAGUAUGUGAGACUAUAAUGAUUUUAUCAUACGAUGACUCAAUAUUCUGAAAUUCUUAAGUGAAAGUAAGCAUACUCUAAUCUACCAAUGUUGGUAUCCGGAGUAGGUCAUUACCCGGUAAUUUUGGUGAUUCAUAACUAAGUAAUAGUUUGAAGAGAAGAGAUUGUGUCUUUUUCACCUUUGUAUAGUCAGUGCCCAUCCUAGUGGGUGUUUAGUGACUUUUACUCAGGAUCAAACAACCAACAUGUACCUGCAUCAGAACCUUGAUCUGAUAAUUCUGAUGCCUUAUUAAAAUAACUUUCAACUCA